GCGUCGACGAACGAUGAAACUCGAUGUGUCUGGCAUGCGGUACCUGACGAAGGAGCACUUCAAGGUGCUCACGGCCGUCGAACUGGGCAUGAAGAACCACGAAAUCGUGCCCGUGGAGCUCAUCUCAUCCAUUGCCAAGCUCCGCCACGGCGGCGUGGCCAAGAUCCUCAGUCACUUGCUACGCAACAAACUCAUUGCACACGACGGAACUACGUACGACGGCUUCAAGCUCACGUACAUGGGUUACGACUUUCUCGCGCUCAAAGUGUUCAUGAAGCACGGCCACAUCGCCGGCCUUGGGCGACAGAUCGGGGUCGGCAAAGAGUCGGACAUUUACAUGGCGGUGCAACCCGACGGCACGGAAGUCGCCAUCAAGUUCCAUCGACUGGGUCGAACAUCGUUCCGCGCCGUGAAGAAUAAACGCGAUUACCUCAAGCACCGCAAGCACGUGAAUUGGUUUUACAUGUCCAAGUUGUCGGCCACGAAAGAAUUUGCAUUUAUGAGUGCCCUAUACGAACGCGAGUUUCCGACCCCGACGCCCAUCGACCACAACCGCCAUGCGAUCGUCAUGAGUCUGGUCCACGGGUACCCCUUGAAUGCGUUUCGUCAAAUGCAAAAUGCCAAGGACGCCUAUGACGCGUGUAUGAAUAUUUUGGUCCGACUGGCGGAAUGCGGGUUGGUGCAUUGUGACUUUAACGAGUUCAAUAUCAUGAUGAACGGCGACGGCAAGAUCACAAUCAUCGACUUUCCGCAAAUGAUCUCGACCAAGCAUCUCAACGCCCAAGAGUUAUUCAAUCGCGAUGUAAACGGCCUAGUCAAGUUCUUUUCACGGCUCCAGAACGGCGCGUACAUGCCAGACGAAGUGCCGCAACUGGACGACAUCGUGCGCGAUCUCACUGUGAGCUUGGACACGCAAGUGCAGGCGAGUGGGUACACAGAAGACAUGGCGCUGGAAUUGGACCAAGUAGUGCUGGACAAUAUUGGCGAGGAAGACGAACGUGAUGACGAAAAUAGUGACCAAGGAGAUGGUGACAAUAGUGACGAAGAGAUCGACCCGACGUUGGCCAAGGAACUGCAAGAGCGGAUCGAUGCCUUGACAAGCAGAACCAACGACCCAACAGUUCUUGCACACGACGAAACGAGUGAAAGCGACGACGACGACGACGAGGAUGUGACGCUCACUGCGACACCGCAAGUGCCCAAUGAACAUGUCCGCAAGCAAGUAAAGAAAACGCUGACCAAGCAGCAGCAAAAGGGCAGCAGCCGACGCUCGCGCAACUCGUCCAAGCUCAGUGUCAAGGGCAAGCUCGUGCACCAGCGGGAUAUGUAGGGAUGUAAAAUCACAACUAGUAGUAGUACAUAGUAGUAUAUACCGACUUGGGAAUAAAGAUUGAUUGGGGUUAGUAC